AAAAGAGUCGCAACCGAUUCACCCGGUUCCCGGUAAGAGUGCAUAUUGGCUAUAAAUAGGCGAGGAAGGCCACCGGAUUCAGGGCAUUCUGUUCUGCUAGCAUCUUGGGCGUUGGUCUCUAGCACGAACAAAGAGUCUUCUCGAUUCAAUUAAGUUUGAAAGAAUGGAGACCUUUUUGUUCACCUCUGAAUCCGUGAAUGAGGGCCACCCCGACAAGCUCUGUGACCAGAUCUCCGAUGCUGUCCUUGAUGCCUGCCUCGAGCAGGACCCUGACAGCAAGGUUGCUUGCGAAACAUGCACCAAGACCAACAUGGUCAUGGUGUUUGGAGAAAUUACCACCAAGGCCAAUGUAGACUAUGAGAAAAUUGUCCGUGACACAUGCAGGUCUAUUGGAUUUGUCUCUGAUGACGUUGGUCUCGAUGCUGACCACUGCAAGGUUCUGGUCAACAUUGAGCAGCAGAGCCCUGAUAUUGCCCAGGGAGUCCACGGCCAUCUCAGCAAGCGGCCAGAAGAGAUUGGUGCCGGUGACCAGGGCCACAUGUUUGGAUAUGCCACCGAUGAAACCCCUGAAUUGAUGCCUUUGAGUCACGUCCUCGCAACCAAGCUCGGUGCCCGCCUCACUGAGGUUAGAAAGAAUGGAACUUGCCCCUGGCUGAGACCUGAUGGGAAGACCCAAGUCACUGUUGAGUACUACAAUGAGAAUGGCGCAAUGGUCCCGGUCAGGGUCCACACCGUCCUGAUCUCCACCCAGCACGAUGAGACUGUGACCAAUGAUGAAAUUGCGGCCGAUCUCAAGGAGCAUGUCAUCAAGCCUGUCAUUCCAGAGAAGUACCUCGACGAGAGAACCAUUUUCCACCUUAACCCAUCAGGCCGAUUCGUCAUUGGUGGCCCUCAUGGCGAUGCCGGCCUCACUGGAAGGAAGAUCAUUAUUGACACUUAUGGUGGAUGGGGAGCCCACGGUGGUGGCGCUUUCUCAGGCAAGGACCCCACCAAGGUCGAUAGGAGUGGUGCCUACAUUGUCAGGCAGGCUGCAAAGAGCAUUGUGGCUAAUGGUCUGGCGCGCAGGUGCAUCGUGCAGGUCUCUUAUGCCAUUGGCGUGCCUGAGCCUCUUUCUGUUUUCGUUGACACUUACAAGACCGGAAAAAUUCCUGACAAGGAAAUCCUCAAGAUCGUUAAGGAGAGCUUUGACUUCAGGCCUGGAAUGAUUUCCAUCAACUUGGAUCUCAAGAGAGGUGGCAAUGGCAGAUUCUUGAAGACUGCAGCAUAUGGUCACUUUGGAAGGGAUGACCCCGACUUCACCUGGGAGGUCGUGAAGCCACUCAAGUGGGAGAAGCCUCAAUCUUAAGAUAAACUCCCAUUUCGCCCCCACUUUAUGCCCACUUCAUUAGUAUUGAUCUACUGGAUGAAUAAGUUGAAUGUUUCCUUCCGCAACACUCUUUAUCGAUGAGCUCAACCAGUGAUGUCCUUUUUUAAAAGAAUGAUUCUUCGUUCAUUUUUUUCCCCUUUGAAAUUGUACUUUCCUCAUAUUGUUUUAGCAUUGAUCUUUGUAAUGAAUGUCUGGAAUUUUGUGAGGAUUAA